AUGGGCAAACACAAAAGUAGAAGCAGAUCAAGAUCGCAUGAAAAAAAGAAACAUAAAUCUGACAAAUAAAAACCAAAAGAUGGUGAGAAUGAAUCUAAGGAUUGGAGAAAAGAUAAAGUAGACAUAGGAUAAAAGUCAGUAUAAGCAGGAUUAGAUGUUUUGGAAAUUAUCAAAAAGGAAAGGCAAGAGGAUGAAGAAAAAUUAGAACAGUGGAAAAAGAAGGUUGGAUACACUGGACUAAAAGUCAAGACUCCCUUGAAUAUUUAUGAAGAAAUUAUGAAAAAGAACAUUGUGGCUCCUGUGAAGGCAGUCAAUCCUUCUUUACUUAACAAUCCUUAGGCACCCAGGAUGAUCGAAAUCUUGGUCAAUGACAGAUUGGGCAAGAAGGAGAGAAUCAAGUGUUGUCCUCAAGACAAGAUUGGAGAUCUCAAAAAAUUGAUUGCUGCCAAGAUUGGUGUUAGACCUGAGAAGAUCAGACUAUAGAAAUAACAUAUGGUGUUUAAGGAUCAUAUCACUAUAGAGGAUUAUGAAAUAAAGCAUGAAAUGUGCUUGGAAAUGUAUUAUAAUUGAAUUUUGUUUUC